UUUUUUUUUUUUACAAAAACAAAAUGUCUAUUGUCAACAUUGUGCGGUCUAGAAAAGAAAAUUUGGCAAGUUUACUUGAUAAACAUUCUUCAUCCAAAUUUUUCUUGACUUUUGGUCCUCAAACAAAGGAAGGUACAUGGGCUCUUACACAACGACAAAACAAUCAUCCUUCUCCCUUACGUUUAUUGAUACUCGAUUCUUCUUUCAACCCACCCACCAGAGCUCAUCAUGCUUUAUUGUCAAACACAUUGAAUCGACAACGCAAAGACUUUGACGCGGCUCUUUUACUUUUGUCAUCUCGGAAUGCAGAUAAACAAUUGAAUGGAGCUUCGGUUAUGCAACGUAUGCAAAUGAUGGAAAUAAUAGCAAGACAAGAUGAAUUCAAACAUUUCCCGGUAUAUGUUGGACUUACUUCGGAAGCGAAAUUUGUGGACAAGGCAAUGGAAGUACAACAUUGGUAUCAACAACAACAUACGACGACAAGGAAUGUAGACAUGGAACUACACUUUAUUCUUGGCUUUGAUACUGUCACUCGAUUGUUCGAUCCAAAAUAUUAUCAUCCUCUCUCUGUACAACAUGCUCUCGAUCCCUUUUUUAAAAAUUGUUUUCUGAUAUGUGCUGAUAGAUCAGGUAACAAUGAUGAUGAUGAUGAUGUUAGCAACUUUUGGAAUUCUUCUCUUGUUCGCGGUUAUGCGCAUAGAAUGACUCGUAUAUCUUUGGAUAAUCAAGAUCUAACUACCAUAUCAAGUACAUUGGCUAGACAGGCGGCAGCGACGGCAGGAUUAGAACCACAAAGUCGAUUGGAACUGAAACGAUUUCUGGAUGAAGAUAUUGUGAAUUAUAUUUUGGAUGAAAAAUUGUAUCAAUAGAUUGUAUUAUUAACGAUUAGUAUAACGUGUUGAUUAUUUGUGUAUAUAUAAUAAAAUAAAAAAGUGGUUUAGAAAACGGUUUUGGC